AAUGCGACUUUUAACGUCCUUUUUCGUCCUGUUUGGAGCCGUCGCCAGUUGAGUCGAGACAUUGACUUCGUUGCAGUGACUCUUCCUGAAGAAGUAGUGUCAACAGUAGAGAGGAAACAGAAACAGGAAGAAACCUCCAGCAGAGCCAGCGAGCAAUGCCAAGUUUCCCCCGCUCUCCUCCAGGCUGAAGGUAUCCCAUGCAGAGGCCAUCUGUCUCCCGGUCCACCUAAUGCAGGGGUAAGCAGUAACCAGGUGGUUGUUCCUGCCAAAGUGAAUGCAGUGCUGGGCAAGAACGUCACACUUGGCUGCAGAAUAGAAGUGGGAUCCAACCUCAGUCUCACGCAGAUCUCCUGGGAACGUCGUCUUCCUUCAGGCCCCGUUACCCUUGCGGUUUUCCAUCCCGAGUAUGGAACCUCAUACACUCAAGACUAUGGCAAGCGCAUCUCAUUUGUUUCCCCUUCCAUACGAGAUGCCACCAUUAUCAUCGAAGGGGUUGGUUUUGCUGAUGUUGGGUCCUACACCUGCAAAGUGGCAACUUUUCCUCUGGGCAACACUCAAGCAUCAACUUUUGUUAAUGUUUCAGUGGAGCCCAAGGUGUAUGUGUCUGCAGGCCCCGCAGCUCUUCUGGACGGCGGCGACGAGGCGCUGGUGGCCACCUGCAUAGCAGAGCGUGGCCGCCCUGCCGCUGAGGUUUUCUGGGAGGCGGAGCUGUACGGACGAUCUGAGAGGCAAAGUCAGGACGAACUCAACGGUACCACCACUGUGCGCGUCAACUACAUGUGGAAGCCCCAGAGUUACGCCCAAGGACGGAUGCUCACCUGUGUGGUGCGCCACCCGACUCUGCAAACAGAAUUCCGCACACGCUACAAGUUAAACGUUCAGUUUGCACCAAAUAUAUCCAUACAAGGAAUGGAUCAAAUUUGGUAUGUGGGCCAAACAAAUGUGAAAAUCAUCUGCACAGCCAAAGCCAACCCUCCUGCCCUUGACUACAAAUGGAUCCGGUUGAAUGGAUCGAUGCAGGAGGGCGUCAAGAUUUCAAACAACAGCCUUUCUUUCACACGGCCGCUGGAGCGCAAUGAUUCUGCAAUCUAUCGCUGUGAGGUGACUAAUGACAUUGGUCACAGAAUUCACAAUGUCAACUUCUGGGUUCAAGAUCCUCCCCCCACCACUGCAGCCCCUAGCACCACUGCCUCCUCUGUCCGCUAUGCGUCCGGAACCGGAACAGAUGUGGAUCGGCACAGAGCCCUGUUCAGCUCCCCCACCCUGGCCUCCAUCCAUGACAGCAGCCUCGGCACUAUAAUUGGCGGGGCAGUGGGUGGGGUUCUCUUCCUGAUUUUCCUGCUGAUCCUCGGUGGCGCUUGUUUUAUGCGCCAGCGCAGAACCUUCAGAGGAGACUACUACACCAAGCAGUACCUGGGACCCUCCGACAUGCAGAAGGAGUCUCAGAUAGAUGUUCUACAGCCACAUGAGCUGCAGGAGGUUUAUGGGGACAACAUGAGCAAAGGCAGCCAGGAGCUGAAAACCAAACUGGGCGGGGACAUUAUUUACCCCGAUUACACCCCUGAGCGGAAAGACAGGGAUGACUGGAACGACAGGGGGGAUGCCCACAGGGGCAUGAAGAAGGAAAACUAUUACCCAGACAACUACAAUCAAAACAUGCACCCCUGUGGGCCUCCUGUGCACAGCCCCAUUGUAAACAACGGCUCCCCCUACCUCCCAGAUGACUGCUAUGAAAAUGGUACAGACAGCGACUAUGUGUCGCACAUAGACGGAUCUGUGAUUUCACGCAGAGAGUGGUAUGUUUGAGAACAAAUAAGAACAGUGAACAUCCAACUGGAAUUAAGUCAACAAGUGACAGACACAUCUUUAAAGGAUGCAUCAUUUAAUUUGAGAAGCAUUAAUAAAAUUUCUAAGCUUUUACAUUGAGCUUCUUGAACAACUUUGCUCUGCCUUGAUUGUAACCCCCAACCGUAAGGACGUGUUAGUGGAUUGUAAGUUUGUAGUAAAGAGCUACACGAAGAUGGAACGCCUUAGAGAUUUUACCUGUUUUUGCUUUGGCCAACAGCGAUGUGUCAAACCAAUGUGAACAAGGUUUUUUCUGCUGGUUUGUGUUUGCACCUGUCGUUUUUUACAGGUUAGCUGUUCACACCCUUGUUAUCGCAGUAUUUAUUCCGCUGACUGAAUGAGCUCUGCUCUCAUGAAACUUCACAAUUUCUGUGGCAUUUAGAAAAUGAUCUCAUGAGAGGUCUUUGUGCAUUUUCACACAGAAGUGAAACGUUUAUUAUGGAAGAAAACAGUAUUUAAAGCAAAUUAUAUUGCAUGCUUUCUGAAAACAAAAGUAUCAUUAAGUGAAAGGGAAAUUUACAAGAUGAAAAGGGAGACUUGCUGAGGCGUCAGAGAAAGGGUAAAGCAAAGCCAUGGAUCAUUGUAUGUAACCAUGUAGGCAUGGACCGGUAUGAGAUUCUCAUGGUUUGGUAACCUUGAGCAAAAAUACCACAGUAUCAUGGUAUUCAUACAAAGAUUUAAAGCAGAAAUGUUUAACAUCAUCUAAUUGCUUUUAUUUAAAAACAGAAAAGCAACUAUUAUUGCAGCUUCUGGUAAGAUAAUACCUAAACAAAAGAGGUGGCAGUAUUUCCUGUAACUGUAGGAAUAGUAUUGGAGGAUUCUUUCAACCAGCUGACUGGUAGGGCUCAGCAACAAGCAGCUCUAAGCUCCUAAGAGAAAUCUCUGGUCACCCUGGUACUUUCUCUGGCAUAUUUUUAGAAACACUUUAAACAGUAGAUAUGCUAGGACCUAAAACUUGGGUCAUUUUGAAACUGUUUUUAGAUCUUUGUUAUAACCAGCUCAUGCCUAAUGCAGACACUGACUAAUAUGAACAAUGUUUGGUAUAAAUCCAUGUUGAUUUUUCACAGAACCAGGAAUUAGUCAUAAGUUGUUUCACUUGUCACCUUAAAACUCAAGAGAUAGACACUGUGGAAAACACCUUUGGCCUUUCAGCUGUUCCUAAGCCUGAAUUCUAACAGCCAUGGUUGUCAUAGCGACGCCUUUUUAUUUUCUUUCAAACCUAAAGCUGUUUUUUAUUUUUAGUUUAAAAGAAGUGUGCAAAGGGCAAAAGUCUUAGGUUGCUUCGGUCACCAAAGUCAGAUUUUAAUUCACUCGCUACUGUUUCCAGAUAGCUGCAGGACCUGGUGAAUCAUCUUAGUCUGUAAAGAUGUGUAGCAUAUCGCUGGCAGCUCUACAUCUACAAGCUGUUAGCAGCUGCUUCCUCUUGUCGUGGUCGUUUCUUAGAAAAACUAGAGCAGAUAAGGUGAUGAAAAAGUGAUGACUGUGAGCAUUGGCUGUUCUUGACUACACAAAAUAAUCAGUUUGUUUCAAUCUGCCAGCACCCUUAUCAACUUCCGGUCUGCCCAGGAUUUAGUUUUACUUUGAACAUCACAAACGUUUCUGACAGAAAUUCACAUCAUUUUAACCAAGUACAGAUGUGUAGCUAUGACAGGCAGUGGACUCACUCAGGCAGCUACUGUUUGUUUUUUAACAUUUGCGCUCAGUGUUAUCAGCCACAGCAAUAUUAGCAAUGGAUACUCCUACCAGGUGAACAUAGAUGUGGUUUAAAGAGUAAAGAGUAAGUUAAGUUAUUUAAUUUCCCUUUGGGAUUAAUAAAGUAUUUUUGAAUUGAAUUGAAUUAAACUAUAGGUGCACUGAUCAGAAUUUUGAAAACCUCCCGUUUUUGUAAAGCUUUAAUAUGCCGAUACCAGUUUUGUUCAAUUCGGAUUUCUCUUUAAGAACUAAGAAGAUUUAAGUAACGUAAUAGAUUUCGGAAAAUGUUUGUAGCCUGUUUCCUCAACAGUUAUUAGUUAGGAGCAGAGGUGACCUCGUAUCUGAGAGAGCAGUUGCUGUGAAACAGGGUGUUAAUAAUACAAAACGGUUAAAAAUGAUUAAAUAUUUAUAAAACAAAAACAAAAUGGUUAUAGAACUGUCUUUAGCAUCUUGUCCUUGUUGCAGCAUUGCUUAAACUGCAGUUUCUAGGAUUAUAUUUAAAAGAAUGUAAAUCCUUACCUUUAUUCUGAGACUUCCAAGGUUUAAAGCUCCAAGGAAUUAAACAGAGCACCUUUGGAGCACUCUGUUCAGCCUUCCUGUUAUCAGCUGAAAGUCUUGCUCUCUCUCAUUGUCUCACAGCCUACAUGAACCACAGAUCAACACCAACAUGUUGAAAAUAUUGUCCUGCUUCUUAGAACUCCAUGCUUCCUCUGUCUUCAUCUCUAAAUACCUCGCUGAUACUUGACUUUAUCCCUAUCUUCACUCAUAACUUUCACACCAAAGAGUGUUGCUGUCAGUACAGCCUUAUUGCAUCUAUGUGGUGCGCUCAUCGGAAAAAGAUUGGUGUUUCAAAGCCGGCUGGUCGCUGGUCAAGCCCAUUCAGGAAGAAAAUUGCCUGAUUCCAGUAAUCAGCAAGUUUCAAUGUACUUCCCCAAUGCAAGCUGAUAAAAUGGGACUUGAUCAGUUAAGCCGUCAGACCUGAAUCCAAAACACUAAGGGCAAAUUCAGCCUAAACUGCUACCCACAGAUGGCUAUUGUAGAAACCCCACCAAUCUCAAACUGUAAAAGUGGGGUACGAUAAUAACUUAAAACCAAAUCGACUGAUAUGGGUAUUGACAUAAGUUAUUCCAGCCGCAUUCAUGCCGUCACAGUCUCAGCUCUGUUAUUAAGCUUCUCAGCAAACUUCAAAACAGCCCAGGCCUCCCAUCUUCUCCCUGAUAACAGGCUGCACUGCUGUCUUUUACAUUUUCCCUCCUGAAUAUUUUCAGAUUCCUGUCUGUAAGAACAGCACCAAAUGGCCAUUAAAGUUUUUUUAUAACACAAGAUCAAAGUGAUCUGUUAUAAAUACCAGAUGCGACUGGUACGGCUGUCAUCAUCUGACAUUAUGUGGCUGCAUAAACCACCAACAGUUUUACUGCUACCACUCAACACCCUGCCGUCAUGGUUCAAGAUCACCAACAUGCAACAAAAAGAGAAGGGAAAGCUCCAAACGGAUCCUUCAGUUUUAGUUUGUUUGAAUUUUGGAUUAUUCAGAUAGUCUGAAAACAGUGUGAGGAGCUGACAUCACUGCAAGUCAUGCUGUAAUGUUGGGGUUUGGCUCCUCUGAGGUUAUGGUGUGGUCAUGGAAACAAGAAACUUAAUAGUAAACUAAAAUAAAAGUAAAGAAAAAAUCUGAACCGAGGAGAUCAGCGAUGUCUGAGUUAUGGCUCCCAAUGGGAAAGAUACAUGUUUCUAUUUUCUCUACAAACAACAAUUCUUGUGAAGCUAAGUUGAAAUAAAAGAGCUCACGUCAUCAGUGAUCUCACCUCUUCCUGCUUCAACAAUCCCCACACUUCCACUUAGAAGACUUCCUUUUGCCAGCCAGGUUGUUGUCAUGUAUUAGUAUCAGACAAAGAUAAGAGUAAAUACAAAAAAAUAGUUUGCAGAUUAUUGUUUCAGUUAAAGGAAGAAAAGCUGCCAAAACCACUUUGGCUCUAUCUGAAAAUGAAUUAUCUGCCAGAGCUGUAGACUCACUUAAAUAUAACCUAUUUGGCAAAAUUAAGUAGUCAAAAAUCAACAGAUAAGAAACAAUGUCACUGAGAUCUAUCAGCUUGAAAAAAGUUGCAAAGUCGCUUCUGAGCUUAUGGACUCCAGCUAACGACAGUGAGAGCCUUCAUCCACGAAUGAUGGAAAUAUGGAACCGUGGUGAACUUUCCCAGAAGUGGCCGGACCACCAAAAUUACUCCAGGUAGUUACCAAGGAUUCAUCCAGGAGGUCACAAAUAACUCAGGACAACAUCCAAAGCAAUGCAAGCCUCACUGAAUUCCGUUAAUGGCAUGAUUCAUGAUUCAACCUAAGAAAGAAACUGGCUCAAAAUGGCAUAAAUGGGAAAGUUAAAGGAUGGAAACCAUUGUUGGCUAAAAAAAACACAAAGGCCUGUUUCACGUUUGAAAGAAAUAACAUUUUUAUGAAACCCAUGACUUUUAGAGUAGUAUUUUGUUGACUGACUUGAUAAAAGUAGACAUUUUUGGAGGUUGUGUCCCCUGUUACUUCCUUUUGUUGAACUAAUACAUCAUUUCAUAGAAUGGUAAAUGGACUGAACUUACUGUAUAUAGCACCUUUCCAGUCAUACAGACCACUCAAAGUGCUUUACACUAGAGCCACAUUCACCCAAUCGCACUCACUAACGCUCACACAUACCUACCGAUACGCAGAUCGGUAGGAAACUUGAGGUUAAGUGCCUUGCCCAGGGGCCCAUCGAUAUAAGGCAAGAGGAAGCUGGAAUCGAACCCACAACCUUCUGAUUGCAAGACGACUAUUCCUACUGAGCCACGGUCGCCUGAAAAACACUAAACAACAGUGGUGGUGGUGGUAGUGUGAUGGUCUUUAACUGUUUUUCUGGAACCAUGAACCCAACAGUAGAUCAGCCAACAGUUUUUAACCUUAAACUCAAAUAUGCACAAGUAAGUUUUCCUCUAAAUGGCCAAAUGAAACAACAAAAAACUAACUAGGGUGCCCAGGUCAAAAUAAUUCUGCCAGGAAGAGUAGACCUCAGUGAUGUAAAAUAUUUAUCACCAGUUACUGCAAAUGGUUGCCUGCUUUUGUUGAUGCCUAAAGUAGCAAACCAGUUACCAUCCACAAGGAACAAGGGGGCUAGUAGAGGUUGGUUUCAAUAGCUUUUCUCCGUAAUCAUUUGAAAUCAGCUUUUUUAUUGACUCAGUUUAUCUUAAUCUGACAUUAAAUUAGUUUGAUGAUUAAAACAUUUAAAUUUGACUAAAAAACAAACAGAAGAAAUGCUUCAGCAGCUCCACUUUGUAAUGUGUUGUACAAUAAAUGUGAUCCAUUCAGAUUAAAACAGGCUCAGCUGUAGUUUGAGGUCUCCAUUCUCAUUUUAUAGAUUUCUGGUGCGCGUCUCCACCCUCAUUUUCUCAUGGCAAGGCCUCGGUUGAAGGUUUAGAUGUCUUAGAAUAAACUGCUUUAAUCUGUUUAGCUCAGCUUUCACUCCCAUCAUCGCCACACAUAUGCCACUGCAGGCCACAUUGAAGAAGCAGUCCUCACCUCAAAACCUUCAGCUUUUUAAUCAGCUUUUAUACCCUUCCUCAUCACGCCUGGCAGCAGCAGCUCUCUGUGAUAUACGGCACAUCCGUGUCGGCAUUUUCCUUGUGUAGUUUAUUCAUAGCUCUCAGUUUAUAUUUGGAAAGGUUUUCUCCAUGCAAACAGCUGCCUCUGCUCUAAAACUGACCUUUAAUCAGCCUUGGUUCAGUUUUUAAAGCAAAAGCAACUGAUUGGAUGAAUGUUUUUGUAUUUGAAACCUUUUUGUGCUUUUUGGUUUGUUGCUCACCAACUGGUUGCAUGUGCAGUUAUUUGCUGCCAAUUAUUUUACAUCACUAAUGUUUAUAUUACAUGUACAUAUUACAUAUAGUAUUAGAGUGGGAUUAGUUGUUGUCUGUCGUUGUGGGUUUGUUCUGGACUCCCCUACUGAAUAGCCGGUGCCUUAAAUGGGCUGAGCAAUGCACAGACAUUUUAAAAGCUGAAAGAUACUGAAAGCAUUAAUGUAAAUAUGGUUAUUAUUAAAAAGAGGGCAGAUGCGCUUUUUUAAUGUGUAUUCCAUCUUUCAUAUUUAAGAGUUGCUGUUGUCAAAGCAGCAAUGUUGACAAAAGGUUUAUUAUCAUGCCUUACAGAGUUUAAAAAGGACACAUGUAACAAGUUGGUUACUGGGAAAAUUGUAAUAAAGCAAUGUUUCACUGGGAAUUUAGGCAAGCCAGGUUUAUAGAAAAUAUUAUUUUCCUGUAAAUAUGCUGGCUUUUUUUUAUUAUUAUUGAAGAAAAAUCUUAUUUUUUGUAUGAGGUCUGUAAUUUUCACAGAAUAUUAGUUUGUCUUACAAGCUUCCAAUAGAUUCAUGUCUCACAAUAAGAGGGAGACCCUGUUUUCACUGCAUUUUAUAUCUGUUCUUGAGAGCUGGUGACCAAUUAUUUUGUACGGUGUUCUUUGAAUGAUUGAAGUCUCACAGGAAUCAGAGAGGGACGGGUGGUAGAUUUUGUCAUUUGUUUUGUUUGCAAUAAAACAGUCAUCAUUUCA